GCCAAUCUCCAUGUCGGGUCUUGGUUGCAUCUUAUUUUGUUAUGUGUUUUUUCAGCUUUGAAGACAUUUAGUGCUGCAGCAUCACUGACUUUCAGGUGCAGGCAGUAGACACUACAAUGUGUGUCAGUACUCUCUCCUCGAUCACGUCUUUUCCCCACAUUGAAAAUAGCGCAAGUCCGGAAAGCUGAGCUAUACAGGACUCGACCGGAGGACUUUUUUUCAGGAUUAACUCUGCAUCUGUGCUGUUUGUUUGCUAUUUUGGGUUACCAGAUUGGCUUCUUGAGGCGAGCACCAUUCCUGGGGGGAAAUAAAUACUCUGAGGGAUUUGACUGUCCUGGACCAAAAAUGUUUAAAUUACAAAACUGAAGUGGGGUAAUCCGAGCUGCUCCAGGAGCUGCAGGGCUGUCCAGUCUAGUGAAUACAGGCGUGCUUAACACCUAUCAAAACAUCAUCUGCAACAGUUAAAUGACUCUGGCUCACCGUUAGCGUCAACAAUGAAAGGGUUAUCAAGUAGCAGAAGCCACCAUCAUACGGUCAUAUGUGACCCAUCCUAUGACUCCCUGAUACAUCACCCAGACCAGAAGCCAUAUUUGUUAAACCCAGUGGAUGCACACCCAGCCGACCACCCCUACUAUGCCCAAAGGAACUCUUUUCAAACAGAAUGUAUGAUGCCCUACAAUGACCAGCUAGCUAGUAGCACCUUCCCCAGGAGGCACUACAGCUCCCAUCAUGAACUCAAGAACGAGUGUGCCAUGGUUCCGCAUGGCGUACCCAGCAAAGUUAACCGCAUUCCUGUCAACCUUUUGGAGCAGAUUGAACAGCAGAUUCCCAUUAACCGUGAUGGCUACCACACUCUCCAGUACAAGAGGACUGCGAUGGAGCACCGUAGUGAUAGCCCGGGGAGGAUACGGCAUUUGGUUCAUUCUGUUCAAAAGCUCUUCACAAAGUCUCACUCCCUCGAGGGGCCUUCCAAAGGGAGCAUAAACGGCAACAAGGCCAGCCCAGAUGAGCCCCCCACUACUAAACAUGGGAAGCGCAGUAAGAGCAAGGACAGGAGUAAGAUAGAAGUGAAGCCCAAGUCAAAUAUCUCAGGCUGGUGGAGUUCUGACGACAAAUUGGACAACGAUGUCUGUCUUUAUCAUGGUCCUUCUGGCAUCAUGACCAUGGGUAGAUGUCCAGACCGGUCUACUUCUCAGUACUUUAUGGAAGCCUACAACACUAUCAGUGAACACACCCUUAAAACAUCCAGGAGCAAUAAUGAUGUAAAAUGUACUACCUGCGCAAGUAUCCCCAUUAACAUGGAUGCACAGCUCAUGAAGAAAAGCUCUUGGUCAUCAACUCUUACGGUGAGCAGAGCACGUGAAGUCUACCAGAAGGCCUCUGUAAAUGUAGAUAAAACUGUAAUGAAAUCUGAGACUUGUCAGCAGGAGCGGUCAUGCCAGUACUUGCAGGUUCCUCAGGAUGAAUGGACCGGCUUUACUUCCCUCGGCAAAGAUGAUGAAAUCCCAUGUCGCCGGAUGCGCAGCGGCAGUUACAUAAAAGCCAUGGCAGAUGAUGACAGUGGAGACUCUGACACCAGCCCAAAGCCCACUCCCAAGAUUCAAGCACGAAGGGCAAGCUAUCUGAAGGCAACCCAGCCAUCCUUGACAGAAAUGACUACUCUCAAGAUAUCAACUGAGCAUUCUCCAAAACUUCAGAUCCGGAGUCACAGCUACCUGAGGGCGGUGAGUGAAGUUUCAAUCAAUAGGAGUUUGGACAGCCUGGACCCAGCAGGGCUGCUCACCUCUCCUAAAUUCCGAUCACGAAAUGAGAGCUACAUGAGAGCCAUGAGCACCAUCAGUCAGGUGAGUGAGGUGGAGGUGAACGGCCAGUUCGAGUCAGUCUGCGAAUCCGUGUUCAGUGAGAUGGAGUCUCAGGCGGUGGAUGCUUUGGAUCUUCCAAUGCCAGGCCUCUUUCGCAUGAGGAGCCACAGCUAUGUGAGGGCCAUCGAGAAGGGCUGCUCUCAGGAUGACGAGUGUGUGUCACUCCGGACCGCCUCCCCACCGCGCACAACCACCACAGUGAGGACCAUUCAGAGCAGCACUGUGUCAUCAUGCAUUACCACGUACAAGAAGACGCCUCCCCCAGUCCCCCCAAGGAUGACGACCAAGCCCUUCAUCUCGAUCACGGCCCAGAGCAGCACCGAGUCAGCCCAGGAUGCCUACAUGGAUGGGCAGGGGCAGCGAGGGGACAUCAGCCAGUCUGGCCUCAGUAACUCCACAGAGAGCAUAGAUAGUAUGAAAGCCUUGACUGCUGCCAUCGAGGCUGCCAACGCCCAGGUCCACGGCCCUGCCAGCCAGCACGUGUGCAACAGCACCGUUACAGUCACGUCCACCUCAGCCACAGCCAGCGAGAAAAGUGCACACCCCUCAGAGGAGAGCAAGAAAGAAGUGCUGAGGAAAAGCAAGUGCUUAUCCAUCGGAAUACAGGUUGAUGGACCUGAUGAUUCAUCUGAUGUGGAAGAAAACUCUCAUUUUUCAAAUAAGUUUCAGUCGGUGGGGAUCCAAGUUGAGGAGGAGAGAUGCUCUCGCAGGUUCACUCGAUCUAAUAGCGUGACAACGGCGGUUCAGGCAGAUCUUGGAGAGAUCUUGGUUGGCCUGGUGGAAUCUCCGGAGACAGACCCCCCCUCCUCCGACUCAGUGUCCAGGCAGUUUUCCCGGGAUGCCAGCACCUCCACCGUCAGCAUUCAGGGCUCAGGGAACCACUACCACGCCUGCGCUGUGGACGACGACUUUGAUGCCGGCUUCGACCCCUCCAUCCUGCCGCCCCCGGACCCCUGGAUCGACACUGUCACCGAGGACCCUAUGGAGGUGGUCCAGAGGUCUGUGUGUCACAGGGACGGUGGCUGGUUUCUGAAGCUGCUGCAAGCAGAGAUAGAUCGAAUGGAAGGCUGGUGCCAGCAAAUGGAGAGAGAUGAGCGUGAGAAUGACCUGCCUGAUGAAAUUUUAGGUAAGAUCCGGAGUGCAGUGGGCAGUGCCCAGCUGUUAAUCUCCCAGAAAUUCCAGCAGUUCAGGGAGCUGUGUGAAGAGAACUUGAAUCCCAAUGCACAUCCUCUGCCUACAUCGCAGGAUUUAGCAGGCUUCUGGGAUAUGCUGCAGCUGUCAAUAGAAAACAUCAGUUUGAAAUUCGAUGAACUUCACCAGCUCAAAGCAAACAACUGGAAGCCAUUAGAGGUUCCUAAAAAGAAGGAGAGAAGGAUGCCACCUCCUGUGCCAAAGAAACCCCUGAAAGGUUACCCUCCCCUGGCAAGGGACAGGUCCCUGGAAAGCACUGAGAAGCAGCGGCAAGAGGCAAGGAAAAGAUUGAUGGCUGCCAAGAGAGCCGCAUCCGUGCGACAGAAUUCAGCCACCGAGAGUGCAGACAGCAUUGAGAUCUACAUCCCUGAGGCCCAGACCCGUCUAUGAACCCCACAUGUACAUGUAUACACACACACACACACAAAGAGACAAGGAAUGGGUGCUUGUAAUAUACUCACUCUUUUAGGCCCUUCCACAGAAAAAAAAAGAAUAUUAACAAAAAUAAAGUUUAGUAUUCCUUUUACCUUUUCUUGUUCUCUCUCUCUGAUCAAUCGCACAGAGAUCAGGUUUAUUUCCACCUAUAUCAUGUAGUUGUUGAGCCCCCCCCCCCAGGUUUUGUGUGAUCCUACUUCUUAAGGUUUGCCAAUAGCAUAGCCACAUAAAUAUUGUACCACAGCUGCCAUGAAUAAUGUACAGCAUUCUGCUUUAUUUAUUUAUUUAUUUAUUUAUUGUUUGCUCUUUCUGUAAAAAAGAAAACAGGACAACAAAAUAUCCUUGUACAUGUCUCAUAAACACUCUGACCUUAGACAUCCUAACAACUAGCAAGCUAGUUGGUAGUUUGCAUACAGCAAUAGGAAACAACCAGGUAACUUGCCAUCAGUUAUGGCUGCACCGUCUUGUGGGCCUCUGCUAUUUAUGAAAGCUGAUUGGAUGAAGAACUUAGACUCAUUCAUCAGAGCAGUUGGGAGUACUUGAAUCAGCAAGUUUGAAACGCAAAAGUUACAAUCACAACCUGAGACGCAGAAUGGGGGAAAACGCAAAAAAAACAUCAUAGGGAAUAUGAAAGCUGCAGGAUCCUUGUACAUUAACAGAUCUCAAAACACAUUGAACUUGUAUGGUUCUUUAGUUUUGUUUUCACAAAGAUUGCCAUCCUACUGGAAGGACAUUGUGCUUACAUCACAUUUUAUCAACUAAAAUGAAUACAAAAAACCCACUUCAUAUGAGAUUAAGGGUUCCAUAUAAAUGAUCAGUGAUUUUCAUGUGUAGGAUACUUUCACUUGUCAAUAGUUAUUUCUAUGUUUGGUGAUCAUGCAUAAGCUUGUUAUUGUAAAUGCUUGAAUAUAAAGAAGAGGAAUGAUCUCUUUGCACUAACACUUCUGUUGUCAUCUGUGAAAUGUGUAUAAACAUAAUGAUUAAAAAAUGCAUAACUGAAAACCUUACUAACACUUUGUUAAACAGGGAGUAUAUAUAGUAAGCAGUUUGUAUCUAGUUAAUUGAUUAUUUAUAUGGUACCUAUAAAGAGUUACCAAAAAGGAAGUCUUUCCAGUAGCUAGUGCAGUAGCUCAGUAUAUUAGUCAACCCAUCCAUUGACCUUCUCCGAGAGAAGGUUGUUGUAAGAAAUUACCCAGCUCUGCUUGGGUGAUGCCUGUUCUUUCCUGCCUAUUGCAUGUUGGGCUGCUAAUCAUGAGUAGAUGCUUCAGUGCAGGUACUCUCAGAGAGUCAGGGAGAAGUCAAUGAAGCAAAGUCAGAAUCUCCCAAAAGAAAGAGUGAAAUACUUGUGUGUAUGUAUUUAGGUGUGUACGUGUGAAUGUGAGUGUGAGUCUUUCAAGUGCUUCCUAAUUUGUAAUUUGUAGGUUGUUAUUGACCUACAUUUCUUAUGUAAUGAAGUAACCUUAUGGGACAUACUGUAUUAUAAGAAAUAAGCCCCACAUCUACAGUAUAUAUUUAUUUUAAAUUAUUAUGUUCUCCAUAUUUGUAACCAUUUGAAAAAAAAAAAUCCCAUACUACCCACAGCAUGAUGUCACAAGGUAUCAACAUUAAGGUAAGCCUACAAUUUGUUUUGUAUGUUUUUGUGUACUAAUGUAUCAUGCAGCUUUACAUUAUAAUUGUGAGUACUUCUCUGUAAGGAUAGACAAAAUAAAUUGUUCAUUCUUCCGCCACACCAUUGGGUUCUGUUUCUGAGGCACCUGCACUGGGUUAUAAAUAGAAAACGUAUUUGUGGAUCCAACUGCAAAAAUCUACAGAUGUACCAUGCAUUUUGAAUGGUUUUCUCAGAAGAACUUUGAUUGAAUUUUGUCUGGCCGUUAAUUUUAACAUAGCAGUAUUUGUUCAUUGUGAUACGAAUGAUUCUCAUAUUGUGUCACUUGAAAUCUGGUGUUGCUGCAGUCUUGUGACAUCGGCUGCAAGCAGGGUUGGGGAAGUUUUCUGAAGCUAUAGGCCCUCAACGUGAAAAUGUUAGAGCAGUUUUACUUGCAGUCCCAAGACUGAGCUAUUUGCUUCCAGCUUCCAGGAAGAACAACAGUAUAUUUAUUGAGUUACAUCUGCUGAUUCUGUAUUUAGCUUAGUUUAACAGAGAAUAAAGGCAGAUAGUAUGCCAUGAAUUGUAACAAUAUACAUAAAUCAGUAUUAUAAGUUAUUGAAUUUUACAAGCCCAAGCAAAGUUAAUUUUUGCUUUACAAGAGCGAUGUGUGGUAAAUGUAGCUGAAAAGUGUGACAAAGGAAAAAAUAAGAAUAUUGUCAAUGAUUAUUUUAUUCGCAGUAUUAGCAUCUGAUCUAAAGCAAAUCCAAAGCAAAAUCUAAGGCUUAAAAUAAGGCCUGUUUUGAGCCCUUCUAUACAGCCAUACAUGAUGUAUUACUGUAAUACAAGAUAAAUCAAUACUACUUUAAACAGAGAUAAGGAAAAUGAUUUUCUUUAACAUAGCAAAUUAUAAAGAAAGACUGGUACACCUACAUGACUAUGGAACUUUUCCUUAUGUUACAAACAUGCCUCAUCCAAGCCUGUUUAGUUGGUCACCAGAGAGUGGAUGGAGGUCACCUUUAGCUGUUUCUUGCAUGCAACAUGUAAGUAAUCCUUGACCUUCUACAUUCUGAAUCACCCAUGUAGUUAAACUACUUCUAUAAGCAUGGCAUAUUGUUUUAUUUCUGCAAACAAGAUUCACAAUAAAAGAAUCCCUCUUGAAAGCAAAUAGAAUCAGUCUUCUUUUUGAUUGCUUACCUUAGGUAAGGUAGUGCUAAUCAAAGUCUGUAAAACCAGACGUAUUCUGAUGAAUAUGAUACUACACAGAUUUAUCCAAUAAUCGUAUUCAAAUGAUGGUUCUUUGUUAUGUGAUCCAAAUUGUUUAUUAGUAGGAAAUGCACUCCUUAGAUUUAAGUUAUUGUGGGAUAUUAGCUAUACAGUCCUUGCCACUGAACACAUUUGACCAAUUUUGUAUUUUUGUAACAAUGAUAUAAUGCAACCUUAUUUCUGAUAUUUCCAUGCUUGCCAAUUUACCAGAUUCCAUGUAAACGUAAACUUGUGUUCUAUUGGUGACUAAUAAAUAUCAUAUUUGUUUUUCACAAUGAACUGGGUUUAAAUGAUGUGGACAGUAAAAUGCUGUGAAACAGAACUUACAGUGCACUUUCCUCUGUAAAGAGCACCAACACAAAUCUUCAAAAGCAAUUAAAUUGUUAAAAAAUACAUAUGUGGAUUGCAAUAGUUUAUUGCUAAUACUUCUUCAGCACAGUAUGGUAAACUUUGCUUUUAAGUAUUUUUAAUAUAAUUUAAUAUAACAUUUUAAAUUAUAUGUAUUUGUUGUUUUCUUUUUAGUUUUUAAUUAAAUUUAAAUAUACUGUUUUAAUGUAUGUGGUUUACUUAUCAAUACACCCUGAUCAAUUCAAUUUUGUUUUGUAAAGAAUGACAGAUAUGAAGAAUGUGAAUUAGUGAGUUGUCAAAAACAAGGAUUUUGCUGCAAAAAACGGAGAUUUUCAGAAAAGUAGUUUGUGUAUGGGCAGACUUAAUCAUUAUGGAAUAUCUGUAAAUACAUGAAUGUUUCCCAAUGUAAAAAAUAAAAUAAAAUACUAAACAAUUAUACAUUUUGUAUUAUUGUUGUUGCAGGAAUAUGAAAACAGUGCAGCAUUAAAGCUGUCCUUUAAUGCAAUUACAUAUGUUGUAAGAGAGUUUCAUUAUUUUGGUUCUGUCUUUAGUCUUGAAUCUUUUGCAGGGUCAUAACUCAAAAUUCCUGCCUAGAUAACCCUUGAAGAUGAACAUUAUCCCA